CUUCUUCAUAAAAAGAAAGGAAAAGAAAUUUCGAUUGGACUUGGUACCUAGUACUUUUAACUGUGUAUCACAUUGACACCUGUCAUAAUGUAGGAACAAGAGGCUAUCGUCAAAGCCGUCAUGGAAUUUCUCAUAACGUUACGUCAUAUCUAAUCAUAAUAAAUACUCAUCUAUCGUAAUAAAAUUUGUAGUUUAUCUAACAGCCCCGUUUUUUAAAGAAGAUCCGUAUUCCUAUGAUUAAUCAUUUACCACUGUUUGACGGAAUAAAGUGUGGAUAUAACCUAUAACCUCAAGUAUAUUACAAAGCGAUUAUAUAUUUUUGACACUUUUAAUUAAAUUAUCCGAUAUCUUGCUGGAAGAAUGAAUUUAAAGGUGGAAAAUCCCUUAUUCUUCUUUAUGGACGAUAAUUAUGGUACGAUGCCUGAGGAAUGUAACGGUGUGGGAAAAAUUAUUGAGAUUUCUGACGUCGGUUGCGAUGCCAGGACGCCAAGAUCAUCGUGGCAGAAGAUCGUUGACAAAUCGCAUUCCAGCAAUUUUCCAAAACGGGAAAACAGUGGGGACAAUCAGUUGGGAAAUAUGGAAAGAAUUGGCGACUAUUCAAGGAAAGAGAAAAAUCGAGUCAAAGUGGAUUUAUUAAAAAAUGAAAAAAUGUCGAUGAACGACAAUUACGAGGAUUUUGAAAUCAUUCCGGAUACAAAAAUUAGCGAAAAGUCAAAAAACGUAGAAGGAAGAUUUAAGGAUUUGUCGAGUGGAAGAAACGAGAAAUCUCAGGCUUCGUACAAAAAAUUUGGAAACAGCAAUCAAAAGUCAACACGUGGCUUCGAUGAUUUUAAAAGAAACGAAAUUUCCGAAAUUAAAGAAAAUUUGAUUAAAAGUAAGAAGCGUAUUCCAAUCAACAGAAAAGAAACCUUAAAUAGAAAAAAUGCAAGAGAACUUGAAAACAUAGGAUUGGAUAAAGUCGAACAAUUUAUCACUGCGAAAGAGAAUUCGGAUCUGUUAUUGUUUUACGAUAAAAUAAUGCAUAACGGCGUAGCCACGUGUGCGGACAGCCUGUCAAAUUUGUCAAAACAUUCAAACCCAUCCGAUAUUUCUGUAAAGUCAAGACUGUCCAAUGGCUCAAGAAUUUCUAAAAUUUCAACAAUUUCUCGGAAUUCUACCAAAUUCUUUGAUAAUUAUUUCAAAAAGCAUACCACGACCGCGACAAAGGAUUCGGCUGUGUCAAAGGAGUCAGAUUUAAUUAGUAAUCACGUGGAUUUUGACAGUAAAGGUAAAUUGAAAAAAUCGGAAAGUGAUAUCAGCACGAAUGAUAGUAGCGAUUUAACAGCCGAGGAAAUUUCUACACGCAGAACUAGAACGAAGGAUAUUCUUGAACCGAAAUGUAAAUAUCUUAGACGAGACGACUGGCAAAGUUAUCCUUAUCAAAGUAAGGACCUCGAGCCAACGCAGGGGAAUCGCCUGCUGGUAGAAAGAGGCGAGUCUCCUAUCAACUUGGGAAUUGAAACGUCGUUCAUGCCUUUAAGGACGAAGGACGUCACAAAGAUAUCACGAGGACAAUCGCCAAUUAGAUUUCCAGACAUUCGUUCUGUUUCUCGAAAUCAAAAUUCGGGGACAAAGUCCUUUUUCUCCUGGGGAAAGCACCAGGGCAAUGGCAAUUCCGUGUCCUUAAAGUCAACCAGUGGUAAGUCCGUUUCGGCAUUACGAAAAAAAGUGUCCGAAAUUCCUCGGCCGGUAAAGACGAAAAUUGGUGAAAGAAAAAAAGAAUUAAAUUCUAAUAAAAAAACGAUGUUGGAAAGGAUACAGCAAAAUCGGAGAAGUAAAACGGAAUUUUCGCCGAAAAUUAUUCAAAAAGCAGAGUCGUCGACGGGUGCAAAAAUAAAAACUGACAAGAGCCAGGAACAUUCCUCUAGGAAAAAUCCAAAUUUGAAAUCGCGAUCUUUUGAUACUUCGACUCGUGAAGUUGAUACUUCGAUUGAAAGAAUCGAGUGGGCUGAAAAAAAAAAGAUGGAAAUUUCAUCGCUUAAGUCAAACAUAGCAAAAAAGCAUGACGAAACAGAAGUGCCUAUCAGGAUUCGUCAAGGAAAAAACAUGGUUUUAGAAAAUCCAAAAAAAUCCAAAAUACCAGCAGCAGUACCAAGGGAAAACACAAAAUCGGAUAGGUCCGUCAAGAACAAUACAGAAAUAUCGGAAAACGUUGAAAAUUUGGAAAAAACUAAAUCUGCCAAAAUCGACGUAAAAACCAAAAUUUAUAACCAAGACAAACCAGUGAACGUCGAAUUUGACGUUUCCCCUAUGAUGGAACGCAAUACUACAGAAUCCAUUAAUUUUACUCCAAAAUCAAAAAUUCCAACCUAUAAUACCCUCGACAAAGUCCAUCAAAAUAACAACGAAUUAAAAAUAAAAAAUGAAUACACAUCCGAGAAUCAAUCGAAAUCAAAAUUAUGGAGUUCCGAAUACGAGGAAGCUUUCCUAAAAGGUAGAUCGGUGGGCAUGAAGGUUAUAAAAAUGGCAAAAGCCGCCAGGGACGAUAGAAAACGAGUAUAUGUCAAUCAUGGUUUCGAUGACUAUAAAAAACGUCCCCGCGAUACUUCCGAAGAAAUCCUGGACAUAGGAAUGACCGUGAUCGAGAACGUCCUCCACUCGCCUGAAGAAUAUCUGUCGGCGAGGACAUCUGACGAAACAUUGGAAGACUAUCCAAUGUACGAAUCAGCCCACGAUUGGAGUCCAAGAAAUUCAAACGAGACGUUCUGGUUCAUUUAAACGAUACAUUUUCAGAAAUUGUCCAAAUAAUUAGCAAAAGUCCAAAAUUCUCAAAUUUUAUUGAUUAAAAACCACCAAAAUCGAAGGGAAGUAUUAUUUUCAUUUAAAGAAAAAAAAAAAUCUUCUCGCAUCAUCAUUUUCAAAAAU